AUGCUGAAAGAGAUCAAUAAGGGAAAUAUGGCAGAUGGGCAAUUCAGUUCUGAUACUUGGAAGAAAAUGUUAGCUACAUUGAAUGAAUUAAGUAAACGGAAUUUUACAAUGACUCAAUUCAAAGGGAAGUUUAAUAGGACGCGUUUACUACACCGUGAGUUUUCUACAAUCAUAAAUCAAGAUGGUUUUGGUUGGGAUGUUGAAACCAACACUAUUCAUGCACUUGAGGAGUCAUGGCAAAAUUAUUUUCAAGCACAUCCCAAGGCAAAGAUGUUUCGAACCAAAGGACUUUCAAAUUAUAAUUUGCUUAGACUUAUAUUUAAUAAGUCUAUAGCCACUAGGGUCCUACACUGUGCAUCCACCCAAGACCCUCCUAAUUCAGAUGAAGAGAAUGCAUUAGAAGAACGGCUCAUUCAUGGGGGAGUUCAUGUUAAUUUAGAAAGUCCUACCCAAGACCCUAUCAUGGCAAUUCUUAAGUCUGACAUUACAACCCGAUUGAGCAAGCGUCCUAGUGAUAGUUGUGAAGGGCGUCCUAGUAAAAGUAAGCGAGAGUUAAUGUGCUCCCAAAUGAAUGAUGCCUUACAAUCGGGCUGA